ACCUGGCAACCCUACCUCCAGAGCCGCUCUGCUACAGAGAGCAGCACCCAGCGGUCAGGCCGAGUACCCUGUGGCCCGAGUCUGUGUGAUUUUACCAUAUUAAUGAGCCGCAGCGAUUCCGGUUAAACGGUGGCGUUCGGGGCUGUGUUUCUGAUAAUGCUGCAGCUGAUCAACAGACCCGCCAGUAACGAGCUAACUUACGCGAUACCUGACCUGUAGUGUUAGCACAACUAGCUAACCUAGCUUAGCUGCGUUACUCUCGACUUUUAACUGUCUACAUUUGGAAGCUAAAACAUUUAACUAGUUAACUAAAGUUAUCAGUCGGGAGGUCUCUGUAUUAUAGCUAAGCUUUCUUAAUUAGGUUAACCUGUGCUGGUGUGUUUGAGUGCGGUGAAGAAGCUAACUGGGUUAGCUAGGCUAACGGCGCUGUCUCUGAUGGAGUGUCCUCACCUCGGCUCCAGCGUGUGUGUGGCGGUGGAUCCGGCGCGGCUCCCCAGCGGAUCCCCCUCUUCAUGGUGCUGCAGCGUUUGCCGGUCAAACAAAAGUCCCUGGGUUUGCCUUACCUGCCUGAAUGUGCACUGUGGAAGGUAUGUCAAUGGCCAUGCAAAGAAGCAUUUUGAAGACAUUCAGAGUCCAGUAAGUGGUCAAAAGAAGCCAGAGAAGGAGAGGAUACAGCAGCAUUCUGUGUGUAUGGAUUGCAGCAGUUACAGCACAUUUUGUUACAGAUGUGAUGACUUUGUGGUGAAUGACACCAAACUGGGUCAAGUGCAGCGGGUGAGGGAGCAUCUUCAGAGUUUAGAAAACUCUGUGUUGAAUGCCGACAGACCAAGAAAAAGAAAACUCUCAGGUAGCUCCUCUCCUGACAAGGUUCCGGAGGAUGGUCAUGGCUCUCAAGCACAGGGUGCCACUGGCCUGCGCAAUUUGGGCAACACAUGUUUUAUGAACGCCAUCCUCCAGUCCCUCAGGAACAUUCCAGAAUUCAGUUGCUACUUUAAAGAUCUGCCAGCAGUGGCACUGCGAAGCGGGAAAACUGCCGGAAGAAGAAUGUACCACACCAGAAGCCAGGGGGACACCAGUGUGUCCCUGGUAGAAGAGCUCAGGAAAACCCUCUGUUCCCUUUGGCAAGGGAACCAGACUGCCUUUAGCCCAGAUGCUCUGUUCUAUGUCAUCUGGAAAAUAAUGCCAAGUUUCAGGGGAUACCAGCAACAGGACGCUCAUGAGUUUUUGCGUUACCUGCUGGACCACCUCCACAGAGAGAUGCAGGGCAGUAAGAAUGGACUACCUGGUCCCAGUUUGCUUUCUGACAGGCCAAACCCUACCUCAGAAGGCAAAUGCUGUAUCAAUGGGACCCCCACAGUGGUCACCUCAGUGUUCAGUGGUGUGCUGCAGAAUGAAGUCAACUGUUUGAUAUGUGGCACAGAGUCAAGGAAGUUUGACCCAUUUUUAGAUCUGUCAUUGGACAUUCCCAGCCAGUUUCGAGUAAAACGGACUAAGGACCAAGAGCCGGGGCCAACCUGCAACUUGUACCACUGCCUUUUAAGUUUCACUGACCUGGAGGAGCUUGAUGAAACGGAGCUCUACAUGUGCCAUAAGUGUAAAAAGAGACAAAAGUCCACCAAGAAAUUCUGGGUUCAGAAGCUGCCCAAGGUGCUGUGUUUACACCUCAAAAGGUUUCACUGGACAGCCUUUUUAAGGAAUAAGGUUGAUACCUAUGUGGAGUUCCCAUUGCGAGGCCUUGAUAUGAAGCGUUUUUUAUUGGAGCCUGAAAACAGUCUGCCUGAGAGCGGCCUGUAUAACCUUGCUGCAGUAGUGGUGCAUCAUGGAUCUGGUGUGGGAUCAGGUCAUUACACAGCAUAUGGCCUCCACGAAGGCCGCUGGUAUCACUUCAAUGACAGCACUGUGACUCUGGUCAGUGAGGAGACUGUGACCAAAGCGAAGGCCUAUAUUCUCUUCUACACAGAGCAGGCAAAGCAGGACAGUACACCCUCAGAGACCGAGCCUAAGCUUUAAUCAGCCUUACUGAUACCAAGAAGCCUUCAGAAUGAUAGCCCACCACUUGCGCACACUGUUUCUCACUCAGCUUCAGUCGUCAUUUCACCCAUACCAACAACAGAAGAAACCUCAGUAAAAUCAAAUUGCUGCUGUGUUGAUUCUUAUCUUUUAAAGAAACAUUCCUGUUGCGUUUGUUCAGAGUCCAAAGGUAAUUGUUGUAUUUAUGGAGAAUGCUUUCUUCUUGUUGAAAGUGGGUCAUGUAGAUUGACAGAGCCAAGGACUUUUUUUAAAUGCUGAAAAAAAAGAAAAAAAAAUGAAAUUAUAUUUUUACAGCUUUGGACUCUCCUAACUAAUACACCAAUCAAGUCUCUCUGUCAAGCACUGGACUCCUGACAAAUUAACCAGGUGAAUAUGUUUGCACAGAAAGAAAAUAUAAGUAUUUGUUUAGCUUUUUUGAUUAUGUUUCCCAUAUGUAUAUUCCUGCUGUUUGUUGGUAUUCAAAAACUUGAAAUAGAUUCCAAUUAGCUUUUUCGUGUUUUGUUAUUUUUCUCGUUUUUUAAUGGAACACAUGUAGUUUACUCUUACACACCACCACCUCAUAAAUGUGAAAAUGACUUUUAAAAUAAGGCACAACAAGCCUAUGAAAUGUUAUCCAUGCUUAGACAUGUUUUGUUUAUUUAUACUGUUUUAAUGAGACUAAAUUUAGCCCAUUGUUUUAAACCAGAUGCUACCAUAAUGUCAUGAGAGCUCAUCAUUUCAUGCUGUCACUUACAGAGGAAGUAAAGAAAUGCCAGUUAAUGGAAA